AUGCCCAACACAAUUUCAAAUGGGCUCCUUUUCAGUUUCCCCAAACUAAAAGUCCUCGUUUUCCACUGCACGAGUUUCAGCCUUGUUAAUUCGGUUUUAUUGGGCUGCCCUGUGCUUGAGGUCUUAGUCGUGAACUGCGAUCCUUCUUGCUUUCAGGAAGAAAGACUUUCGAUACGUGUUCCUUCGCUUAAGGUUCUGUGGUUGCAUAACAUGAUGAACGUUAUUUUCUGCGUGCUCGAGCUCGAUUCCCCUGGCCUUUUGCACUUCUAUCAUUAUGGGUACAUGCCGGUUUUUUAUCCGGCUAUGAAAAUGAGGUCCCUUUCUGUGGCCCGUCUGAAUGUUAACGAAACCGGAGGUCAACGUCAGGUUAUGGCCAACGGGCAAGCGAUCGUGGCUCUUAACGCGUGCUCGGAUGUCGUGAGGAUAUAUCUUUCUCACCGAAAAAUGUUGUACCGUGUCCCCAAUCGAAUUCCGAGUUUUCCGAAGCUGGUUGACUUGGGAAUAAUCGGUAUGAAUCAUACUCAUGGGUGGGAAGUGCUUCUAGGAUUUGUGGCUCGUGCGCCGAAUCUGAAGAAUAUUUAUGUGAAGGCGAACUUUCACACUGAAGGGUACCGACGUUUCAAGGCUGCCGUGAAGGAAACCAUGUCAGUUGUUGAUAUUAUCGACAAUCCUGAUAUGUUUCAAUUGAAGAUUGAAAGGAGGAAUGUGCAAAACGGAGAAAAUUGUUUGUGUAUAUGUGGUGGUGCAGUGGUGAACUGA